AUGCACUUCACCAAGGCUUUCAUUCUCCUCGCUUCGGCUCUGGCCCGCGUCGCGUUCGCUGCUGAGGCUGCGGCUGUGACCAAGACUGUCACUCUGGUGCCCUCCGGAUAUACUCCUUCGAGCUCGACUCCGAUUCCGAACUCAACUCCCUCUUCGUCGGCUUCUACCCCUAUGCGCACCAGCACUUCCUAUUCGAGCUCGACCUUCAGCGUCACUCCUAGCUCUUCCACUCCGCUGGUCAAGGCUUCCAGCACUCCCCUCGUAGUUGACUCCGCCACUCAGACCGCGGCUACUGCUAUAGUCACUGCCCCGGCUUCAUCGGCUUCAUCUACCGCCGCCACUGGUGCCGCCUCCUCGCUCCAGCUCCCUGGUGCCGUCGCGGCUGGUGCCAUGGCUCUCGCUGGCUUCAUCCUGGUUUAA